GCCUUCUCUGCCACCGGUGUUUUGAGCAGCCAUAUCAUUCCGAUGCAUCCGAAAUUCAAGUGCCGAAGUUUGUGCCAGGCCGGGGUGGUCCCGGCGGGCGGUAUCUCAUGUAUCCAGCUGUUUUGGCCGGUUUGAUUGGACUUGGAGGUUUGGAGGUGGCUUAUGCAGAUGCUGAGGAGGCUGCUUCGAAGCAGGGUUUUCCUGCUGAUGCCCCUGUGAGUAACAAUGUGGAGGACAUUGCCAAGAAACAGAGACAAGAUAUUGAAGACCGGCUCAAGAGUAAAGGGAUGCGACGUGGUACUUAUCCCAACUUUACUGUUUCUGUCAAGGGGCAAAAGGUAACCGUCAAGUUCCAAAUUCCUCCUUCAUGUGAAGCUUCACAAGUGAUUGCAAAUAUUGCUUCUAAUCUUGGCUUGAAAGUUGAAGAGAAUGGCGGUGGUUCAGAUAUAUCAUUACGCGCUUGGGACAGUGGAGUUGCUUGGCAACUAAUGCUUAUGCACCCAGAGAAAAAGAAGAAAACUGAAGGUGAUCAGGGGGAAGUAAAAGACGUGAAUGAGCAUGAGCGAGAUCUGCACAUCCUUGUUUUCCGUUCAGUCAUUUCCUCAACAGAAAAAACCGAAAUUGAAUUUAUGAAGCAGGGCAGCUUGAGUCUCGAAGAACUUGAUGCUCUAAUAUCAGCUUUACAACUAGCUGGGGCACAGAAGAGCUUCAUCCACCAGAAAAAUGAUACUUCUACCACAAAACGAAGAGCGAGGGAAGGCAGUGCAGAAACUUCAGCUAUAGAGAAAUUAAUAACCAGUCUAGAGUCCAUGGGAGUAAGAGUUUAUGGAGUUGAUGAAUCCAAUGUGAGUUCUGCAAGCAAAGAUAUUUCAUGGGAUAAUCUUGCUGGAUAUGAUCUGCAAAAGAGACAGAUAGAAGACACGAUACUACUGGCUUUGCUUAGUCCUGAAACAUAUGAUGAUAUUGCUCGUGGAACUCGUCGCAAAUAUGAGUCAAACAGACCUCGAGCUGUACUUUUCGAAGGCCCACCAGGGACAGGGAAAACUUCUUCUGCUCGUGUCAUUGCUAAUCAAGCGGGCGUCCCAAUGUUAUAUGUGCCCCUUGAGGUUAUCUUGUCAAAGUACUAUGGUGAGAGUGAGCGAUUAUUAGGCAAGGUGUUUUCACUUGCUAAUGAACUCCCAAAUGGUGCUAUCAUUUUUCUUGAUGAGGUUGACUCCUUUGCUACUUCGCGAGAUAGUGAUUUGCAUGAAGCCACACGGAGAGUUUUAUCAGUUUUGCUGCGGCAGAUUGAUGGAUUUGAACAGGAUAAGAAAGUGGUUGUGAUUGCUGCGACAAAUAGGAAGCAAGACCUUGACCCGGCCUUGAUCAGUCGGUUUGAUUCAAUUAUCCUAUUUGGCCUACCUGAUCAUCAAAAUCGUAAGGAAAUAGCAGCUCAAUAUGCAAAGCAUCUAACUCAACCUGAAUUAGAUGAAUUGGCAACAGUAACAGAAGAGAUGUCCGGAAGGGAUAUCAGAGACGUGUGUCAACAAGCAGAGCGGUCGUGGGCAUCAAAGCUGAUCCGAGGACUAGUUCCCAAAGACGGAGACCAAAUCCGUCUGCCUCCUCUGCCGGAAUACAUAGCGAGUGCCAUGAAUCGUCACAAGGGUUUACUCCGCUCCCCGCGCCAACAAACCCAAAAUUCCAAGUCCGACAUAAAGAAGGCCCGCGUUGUACUCGACUGAAGCUACUAGAUGAGCUAUAGUACUGUACGCUUGUAUAUCAUAAUGCCCAUCCCUUUCAUUAGGGAUUAAUCAUGGGAGAGAACCUCCAUCCCUUAGUCUAACUACGAGGAUUGUUUAUAUGUUCUAUCAUUCAUCAAUGAGUACAUUCCCUUUUAAAAUUGGGAUCGCAUUUGUUGACAGUACAAGCAUGAGAGCUUAAUUUUAAUGAUCUGAAUUCUAGUGAGCUUUAGUUGAAAUUUUCGACCUG